CAUACGACCCCUUCACAGCAAGACCACGGUAGAUACCCUUGCCAUCCUUACUUCCCCACCUCCACCCCCCCCAAUCUAAACCAUCAUGGGUCAAACACCGUCCCAGUUCAUGGAGGACAUGCAAAAGCGCUCCAACUUCACAGCCAGUGAACUCGAGCGUCUCAAAAAGCGGUUCAUGAAACUAGACAGCGACGGUUCAGGCUCGAUAGACAGAGAAGAGUUUCUCCAGAUACCCCAGAUAGCCACAAAUCCACUAGCAUCGCGCAUGAUCGCCAUUUUCGACGAGGACGGUGGAGGCACCGUCGACUUCCAGGAAUUCGUAGGCGGUCUUAGCGCAUUCAGCAGUCGCGGAGGACGCGAGGAGAAAUUACGGUUCGCUUUCAAAGUGUACGACGUAGAUCGUGAUAACUACAUAUCGAACGGGGAGCUGUUCCUCGUGCUCAAGAUGAUGGUGGGCAACAACCUCAAGGACCAACAACUCCAGCAGAUCGUCGACAAGACGAUAAUGGAGGGCGACCAUGACGGAGACGGCAAGCUCAGCUUUGAAGAGUUUGCACAGAUGGUAUCAAACACGGACAUUGUAAAACAAAUGACGUUAGAAGAUCUUUUUUGA